AUGUCCAUCGGGGGCGUCGUCGCCUUUCUGCACUUCCACGACGUGUCGUCGGCGUCGCGGCCGCCAUCGAACGCCAUGUCGGUCGCAGGCUUGGCCAUGAUCGUCGCGGGAUUCUUCCUCAUCGACGAGACCAGCGUGUUUCCGGGGUUCUGGGCGAUCCUGCCGUCCUGCGGCGCGGCCCUCUUGAUUGGAGGCGGCGCCGCGGCCGCCUUCAACGCGUCCGUGUUGAGUGCCGCGCCCGUCGUGUACGUGGGGAAGAUCAGCUACGCGUUGUACCUGUGGCACUGGCCGCUGCUCGUCUUUGCCAACGUGCGAUUCCCGAACGCGGCAUUCCGACCGUUCUACAUGCAGCCGUACAUGAUGGUGGUCGUGGCCGUGGCGUGCAGCAUCAAUUUUGUCUCGUUCGAGAAUCGCGUUCGGCGAGUCAAGUCCAAAUGGAUCGUGCCGAGUCUGUUUCUUCUCAUGCUCGCGAUGUCGGCAGUGUCGCUCGCCGUGUACUCGACCCCAGAGGCGUUUUCGUUGACCGAGCUCGACCUGCUGCAGGUGGACAGAACCCACGACAUGAGCGACGGCGAUGUCCUCGCGACUCUAGCCCCUGCUUUAAACGUCUUACUGGAUACGAAGGGAGUCCAUGCUUUGGCCACUGCCGAAGUCAACCUGACUCUAGCGUCUACUCAAAACAGCACAACUACAUCCGAUGCUCCUGUCCAAGCUAGUGCGACAAUUUCCGCGACCGCGGCGACGGCCGCCGUCGCUGCAAAAGAGUUGCCAAACCCAAGUCGCGAAACGCGCGUUCAAAAUACGACAUUCCUCCAAGCCAUCCAGGGCGGAAAGGAUAUGAAUGUGGUAUGGGGGAUCAACUUGACGGCGCUCAACACAACGUCGCCGUAUGGAUAUUAUCCCCACGCCCAAGUCCUGAACCCUGACCACGAAUCGAAUGGACUGGUGAUUGUGCUGGGCGACUCGCACGCUGACAUGACAAAGCCGCGCUUCCUCAAGCUGUACGACGCGGCUGUCCAAGCGAAGCGCCGUUUUCCCACGAUGAUCUUCAAAACCGAGUUUGGUCGGGCGCCGAUGUCGUGCGAGGCCGCCACGGACGUCGACAUUGCCAUGGUCAAAGCGAUGAAGCCCCAAGUUGUGUUUUACAACUUCCACUGGCUGCAGUACCUCCGCCCCGACGCUCCUACGGGGACACCGCCGAGCGCAAACCCCCGGUGUUGCAAGAGUCUAUACGAGUCGUGCCCGUACCAGACCCAAGCCGACGCCGACGAGCUCGUGCGACGAUGGAAAGAGCAAGUCAAACAGCUUGUGGCCCUUGGCAUCCGCGUGUUUGUCGCGCAGCAGUACGUGGAGAACUCGCGCUUCUACUACGUGUAUUGGCUCGAGGGAAACACGGUCAAGGCUGUGCCGCCUCCGUAUGUUCGAUCCCAAUUUGAAGCCGAGCACGACCAUUUGCUGUCGGUGAUUGCAAAUGCCACGCACGAAGCGAACGCGACGCUCAUCAACUUUUCCGACAAUCUGUGCUGGGAAGACCUGUGCCAGGUCGUGAAUGGCCAUGGCGAGCCUGUCCUAGCGGACGACAACCAUAUACGGGCGUACACUGCACGCAACUACCUCAGCGUCGUCGAUCAAGUCGUGGAAGCAGCGCUGCUGCACCACUGAAAUGCAGAGCUCCUGUGUGGAAACCGAUGUCGUAAAGUGGCCAAUGCAGCAUCCAAACACUGAAAAGUACAUUUUGGUAGACCAA